ACCGGACUGGGUGACGUUGGACAACAAAGAUGGCGGCAGGGAGCAGCAACUACUGGGAAGACUUGAGGAAGCAGGCCAGGCAGCUGGAGAACGAGCUGGACCUGAAGCUUGUUUCCUUUAGCAAACUAUGUACCAGCUACAGCCACAGCAGCACCAGAGACGGAAGACGCGACAGGUAUAGUUCUGAUACAACGCCACUCUUGAAUGGAUCGAGCCAGGAUCACAUGUUUGAAACAAUGGCAGUGGAGAUAGAACAGCUUCUGGCAAAGCUCACCGGGGUGAACGACAAAAUGGCAGAAUAUAGCAGUACAGCUGGAGUGACUUCAGUAAACGCUGCGCUAAUGCACACGUUACAGAGACAUAGGGAUAUCCUACAGGAUUAUACACACGAAUUCCACAAAACAAAAGCCAACUUCCAGGCGGUUCGAGAAAGAGAAGACCUCAUGGGAUCAGUAAGGAAAGAUAUUGAGUCAUACAAAACUGGGUCUGGUGUAAACAACAGGAGAACAGAGCUAUUUUUGAAAGAACAUGAGCAUCUCAGAAGUUCUGAUCGUCUCAUAGAAGAAACUAUAAGUAUUGCAAUGGCAACAAAAGAAAAUAUGACAUCGCAGAGAGGAAUACUUAAAUCUAUACAGAGCAGGAUGAACACCUUGGCCAAUCGUUUUCCUGCUGUUAACAGUCUCAUCCAAAGGAUUAAUCUGAGGAAGCGUCGGGAUUCACUCAUUCUGGGCUCUGUUAUUGGCAUUUGCACUAUCUUGCUGCUACUGUACGCUUUCCAUUGAUGACUGACACAUCACAGACUCUGCUACAAACCAGAAGAUCAGCAGCAACAGAACAGAUGGAGAAGUGAAAGCUUCAGUUCUUCAUACAGCGUCUGUAGAUAAGGGAUUGGGAUAUCUUAAGAGAAUUUACAUUUUAUAAUAGCAGUCUCCAUAGUACUGUAAAUAUCCAUGUUCAAGCCAGUCAUACUUAACACUUUAUCUCUUUAAUGUAUCCAUUCGGUAUUUGGAGAUUCUGAGAGGAACUCUGUCAGUUCUAGAAAACCUGGUGAUGCGGAUCUGGUUUAAUCGCUGUCAGAGUUCUGCAAAUCAUUUCAACUAAUGUGACUUAAUGACAUCAUUUCUGAUUUGUUUAAAACCCCUUCGUUAUUCCCAGUUACUUAUCCAUCUGGAAUGCCAAGGUUUUUAUCAUGAUUCUAACAGUAAAUAUAUUCAUUCUCAGCCAGGGGACCAUAGGUUUCUGUCUGGCAGUUCUGUAAAUAUAAAUUUGCCCCCCAUAUUAAGUACAACUGCUGCUGAUUCCCUUCUGAACUAUUAUCCCAAAUGUGUGAGUAACACAAUUACCUUUAAAUUAUUUGCUUAUAUUCAUUAAUGCUUUUCAAACAUGAUUGGAUGUAUGAGUGUCUUUUGUUAAAUUAAAAGAAUGACAUUAA